AUGUUUAACAUCGCAAAAGUUUUGGUCUUAUUGGCAGUCGCCUCUGUGACUAUUGCCAAUCCGCUCAACAACUCAAUCAAAUGUGAUAAAGAUGCAGCUCAUAAGGGAAAAAUUGAGCUUCACGACUGCGAAUUAGUCUUAAACAAGUAUCAACAAAAAGGUCAAUGGAUCGUUGAUAACAAAUCUUCAAACCGUAAGAGUUGUUACGGCUGCCAAGUUGUCUUUGAAACAAAAGAUGGUCGUGAUAUUGCCAUCCCGAGAGAUGUUGCUUGGAAGGCGCUUAAAGAUGUCCUCGGCACUUGCCACUCUCAUGCAGGCACCACUUGGAUUCCUCAAGACUCAGUAAAACCGCAAGUCCAAUAUGAUGACGAACCUCACAUUGAUCAUGAGGUUAGUGUACAUGAUGAAACAUCAUACACUGGUUACACUAGCCAUGGAUCACUCGUGGUGACUGUUCGUAACGGGUUCGGAAAAGAAUGUGAUGAUGGAACUGGUGCUUGGUACAAAACUGACUGA